CCCGGCGCCUCCGCUUCAGCGCCGCUCGGGCUCGGCCCCGCGCGCCGCUCGUCAUACGCCAUCAUACCCCGGCUGGGCACACGCUGUGGCCACCGCUCGCAUCGAACUUGAAUCACUCCCUUCGCCGCGAUCGGACGCGCCCCACUCGCUCAUUGCCGACUUGAUCGCCACGGCGGAACGACGUACCACUGUUGACGCGUCCAGCAACUUUAUUUAUCAAACUUAGUACUUUAUGUAAGAUAUUUUUGAAACACCGAACAGUGAAAUCAUCGAAUAUAAAUCGCAUGGAAACGGGCGAAGGGCAACUAAAACGAGGUGUACGAAUAAAAUUUUCGCUCGGCGAAAAGUUAAAACGGCGUUUUGUGGAACGCAACUAACUCACUUUCAGUAUCGUGACUCGCUUGGAUUUCUUUCUGCUGUAAACCUUAAGGGUUUUUCUAAUUUUUAAGCCGAAACCGAGUAACGUAUUUUAUUAGAAACGGCGGCGGAAAUAACCGAAAAUGUCGAAAAAACAUCUUCACAAUCAAGCUGCUAUACCGUUAGCUCCAGCGGUGUUUAAGAAACCUCAAAUGCGGCCAAUGAUAGCCGAAUAUGACCCUAAGAAAAAAGGAGUCAAAAAUGACUUAUCCGAUGUUGUUAUGGUCAAGUAUAAAGUGGACCCAAAUGAAAUCCCCGUGGAACAACAAGCGGGGUCCACCCUGCCCCUCAUGGAGAUACCGGGACGUGACAUAGAGGCGGAUGAAGACUAUAAUCCAUUCGAACAUAGGAAACUUGCACAUCCAACAUCAGAUAUGGACACCCUCAUCCAUUUGCUGAAGGGGUCACUUGGUAGUGGUAUCUUGGCUAUGCCCAUGGCUUUCCGAAAUGCUGGCCUAUACUUCGGCUUAAUAGCCACUUUUGCUAUCGGAGGCAUCUGUACUUAUUGCGUCCACGUGCUUGUGAAAACUGCUCACGAGCUUUGCAGGAGAAUGCAGAAGCCAUCACUUGGAUUUGCCGAAACAGCCGAAGCGGCUUUCUUAUCUGGGCCGCCAUCUAUGCACAAAUUUUCGCGACUUGCAAAGGCCAUGGUAAACUGGUUUUUGGUGGUCGACUUGCUCGGAUGCUGCUGCGUUUACAUUGUAUUUAUUGCUAAGAAUGUGAGUCAAGUGAUCAACAACCACUUGCAAGGCACCGUUUGGUAUGACAUGGACAUCCGAGUGUACAUGGCGAUGCUUUACCCCUUCCUCAUUAUGAUGAAUCUGAUCAGGAAUCUGAAGUACUUGGCGCCAUUUUCUAUGCUUGCUAACGUUUUGGUCGGCGUUGGAAUGGGAAUCACUUUUUACUAUCUGUUCCAAGACAUUCCGAGCCCGAGCGACCGUGAUGCGAUGGCUGAUUUUUACCGUUUGCCUACAUUCUUUGGUACCGCCAUCUUCGCCCUUGAAGGUAUUGGCGUUGUGAUGCCCCUUGAGAACAACAUGAAGACUCCGACUCAUUUUAUCGGCUGCCCUGGAGUACUUAACACUGGCAUGUUUUUCGUUGUUUCCUUGUAUGCUUUUGUUGGAUUUUUCGGCUACCUGAAGUUUGGCGAUAAUACAGCGAGCAGUAUUACGUUAAACAUGCCAAAUGAAUUAUUGGGAGAAUCCGUUAAACUGAUGAUCGCCGUCGCUAUAUUCUUCACAUACAGUUUACAAUUUUACGUACCGAUGGAAGUAAUCUGGAAGAACGUUCGUCAUUUGUUUGGAGCCAAGAAGAACCUUGCCGAAUACAGUAUCAGGAUUGCCGUUAUUACCAUGACGGUUUGCAUAGCUAUCGCUAUCCCCGAUCUGGGGCCGUUUAUCUCCCUCGUGGGUGCUGUAUGCUUGUCCUUCCUCGGACUCAUAUUCCCAGCCGUUAUUGAAACAGUUACUUUCUGGGACCGACCUAACGGCCUCGGACGCUUCAACUGGGUGCUAUGGAAGAACAUCUUUAUGAUUUCAUUUGGUAUCGUCGGCUUCUUGACGGGUUCUUAUGUCAGUAUUCUCGGUAUAAUUCACGGUGAAGAGUAAACGUAAACUGGCAAACCAUUUCAUAGACUUUAAGGCUCCAUCAACAAGAUUGUAAGGGCUAAGAAUAAUUAUACUAAUUUUGCUUUUUUAUUUUUUUGUAAAUUCAAACCAAUUGAGUUACUUUAAUGCUCAAAUAACUUGUUUGAUGUUUCAUAUUAUGCUCACACGUCAUUAUUUUUUUACAUUUUAUUUUGUUGAAUUUAUAGAUAAAUAUCUAGUUCACGUACAGAGCAGGUUGUGUUUUAUUAUAAUUUGUUUAGCCCCGAAAUUUUGUAGCCAUUUUUAGAUUUAAGUGAAUUAUUAUAAAUAAUACUAUACCUAAUUUUAUGUAACUUUACAAAUGUGUGAGAAUUUUUCUAGUGCAUUAUUGAAAUGUGAUACAACUUUAGGUUUAAAGAAAAGGCAUUAAAUGAUUUAUUUUUUCAAAAUGAUAUCUGUUUAGAUAAUGGACAAUAUUAUAAAUAUUCUAAAACAUUUUAGGUCCAUGUCAUAGCUUGCCUUGAAAAAAAAAUGAAAAAUGUGUUACUAUUUUGGGGUUACAUUGUAGAAGCAUUACUUGUGAUUCUAUGGCAUUUCCAGUACCAAAAAAACUACCUGCUUAAGUAGUGUAAACAUGUCAUAUCGAGCUUUUUUUAGAAAUUGUGAAUUAAAGCAUUUAAAUUGUAGGUAUCUUUAGAUACACUAUUAAGAUCAAUGGUAAAGAUCUUUUACGUUUAGUGAGAUAAUUUAAUAUAGAAACUCAAAAUAAUCAUAUUGGUAAUAAUUUCCCGAAUAUGAAAUACCAAUUUACCUACUUUUAAAGACUGGCUUUAUUUUUUAUUUUAUUAGAUUGACACAAAAGCUGUAUUGUCCACGGUCGAUUUAAUAAUUGUCUCAAAAUUGGUGUCGAUUCAAUAUCUAUAAGUAGCUAAUGUAAUCUGAAGAGUUACUCUGUUGAGCUCUAUUUUGGUAUUUACAUAUUUUUGUACAGAAAUUGUCUGAUAGGAAUUGGAAAUGAAACUAAUACUGGUAAACGGUUAACAGUACGUAAUAAACAUCACACUAAAACCUGACUAUAUUUUCAUUAGACACUGGAGCGAUAGAGUAGCUUUGUAAGUAUGUUCCUGUGUAUACCUACUAGCUCCUGGUUAUUUAUUAUAUACUGCACUUUAUGAAGUAUGAGUAAUAAUAAGUUUAUGUACUGCACACUAACAGAUUGCGUGGGUGAGAAAAGCGAAUGAUGAGUGCGCAGGAGGGCUAAAGAUGAUUUUGUCUCAUUCGGGCCUUUUGCCUGGCAAUAUACGGGAGUCAUUUUUGGUUUGUUUCCUAUAUGUGAGUGUAUUAUUAUAAUAAUUAUCUUGCCGGAGUCCACUCCGACAAGUAAAAUGAUCAUUGCUUAGUUUAAGCUCUGCACUCUAGCGAGUGCGAGACGGAUAGUGAUCUACAUUCAGCGAUGAAUAAAAAAAUAAUAUAAUUUCUUUAGUAAUAAUGACUUAACAAACCACUGUAAUAAUUUAUGUGCGUAUAAAUGUAUACAAUUUUAUAAAAAUGUUCACGUAAUGUUUUAACAAACGUCGUAAAUCGAAUUGUUGUCAAUUUAGAUUGAGUGGAUAAUAAUGAGGAAACUUAAAAAAAAUAAUGUAUUUCAAGAAUUUAGGUACUAUUCAGAAUCUAGGGAAACUGUGUUUAAUGUUCUUUUCGCCUACCAAGACCUCAAUAGCGGUUGUUUAUUAUUGUACCCUAUGAAACUGUAAGCCGCAAGCAUUCCUAUCUUAUAAAGGGACGAUGGGUGAAAAAGGAAUUAGACACACUACCAAACCGAAACCUACGUAAAUAGAUGACUUAGAAAUAAACAUUAGGAAGUGAUUCCUAGUAGAAAAAAUUGCGAGUAGUGCCUACCAAUAUAUUAUGUACAUACGUGUUUAAAGUGGUUGUUUUGUUACAGUAUUAAAUAAAUGAGCGUUAAGUGA